UUAACAGAAACACAGAUUCACUCACUCUCACCAAAUGCAAAUGCAUCAAUAAUGUAUGGUUUAAUAUUCGAAUUCCAAUUUCGAAAUCUGAGGCUCUCAUAACAAUCCUCAUUUUCUGCAAACAAAAAUCAAAUGGAGGAAUCCUCAGACAACAAAAACAACAACAACAACAACUACGUUGGCGAUAGUACCACUGACGACGAGAGCACUUGUGUCGCUAUCCAAAACCAAAACGACAAUCAAAAUUCACAAGCUGAAUCGGAGGCUGUGGCGAAGGGAAUAUCUUCGACGCUGGGCACUGUGAUUAGCGACUUCGAUUCCAGAGCUCAAGCCACUCUCACAAGCCAGGACCAACUCUCUUCCUCCAUCGAUCGUCUUACCCGAGAACUUGAUCAAUUGUUAGAAGAUGCACCCUUGCCAUUCAUUAUGCAGCAUGCUGCCAAGAUUUCUGGUGUUAGAAAGAGAGUCUCAUCAUUGAAUUCAGUUUUAAAAUCCAUACAGCGUCGAGUUGAUAAUAUAGAUCGAAUGCUAUCUGCGGGCAUGCUACACGAGAAGAUGGCCUCUGAAAGUGCUGGACAACAUUAGCGUUGGUUGCUUGGAAUCUUUACUAUCGAGUUCUUAUUCACCAUGGUCAAGGACGAGGCCUUAGUUGUUCACUACCUCAAUUUACCAACAAUAGUAUUGAGGGGAUUGAGUGAUGCAAAAUGAGAUGGGAAAUCAACAAAUCUAAUCCCAGUUACAAGGUAUUUUGGUGGGGAACCCAGCUGUUUGAUUUGAUUACAGGCAUGUUACACACCAUGUGAGACAUUUUGGAGAAAUUGACAUUUUCGUGGAAUGCAGUUUUCUUUAAUAUUUUUUAUUUGCUUUGAUGGAUUUCUCAUGAUUUGGGGAUAAAAUUAUGGAAUACACAAUAGAAAGGGUGAGAUAUUGGAGGAGUUAGUGGUUGUGGGUUGACAUGGUUCUUGAUUAAGUGGACUUGGCUGGCCUUGUUAGUUGUUAGCCUGACUUAUUUAAGCUUAUUGGUUGGAGAGUGCUUAGAGUAGAGAAACUCUUGAAUUGAAAAGUUAGGGCCCAGAAGUCAGUAAUUCCUUGGAAUGUCCAUGGCCUCAAGUUAAAAUGACAAGAAUUGUUUUUAUCCUGAACUUAGUCACGAUGAAAGUAAAAAAUUGUAUUGUGUGUAGGGUGUGCAGUUAAUCCAUAUAUAAAUGAUGUCUUGGGUUGGUUUUCUAUAGAUUGAUGGGUUGGGUUGGGUCUUAAAUCUUUUUUGAAGCUUAAGUUGGGGCAAGUUUGAGUUGGCAAAAUUUUUAAUUUGAGUGACUUGACUAGAUCCACACCAUUAGUAUUUGAAAAAUAUGUACUUAUUUUUUUAAUUUUUUUUUUUAUCUUUGCUAUACUA